UUUCUAUAUUUGUAAUUUUCACAGUAUUGUACUGGAUUCAUACUGAUAUUUAUUUUUGUUAUACUAUGCAUUUUCAUCAUUCAUUUAAAAUUUGAGUGUUUGAUUAAGCUUUUAAGUAGUUAUUUGAAACUAUUUAUAGCCUAUAUUUGAAUUUUACAGUAUUGGUUUCAUAUUGACUUCUUUUUGUUACAGUUUAUGCAGCAAUGUUAUGAUUAAUCAUGUGACUUUUAUCAGGGAAAAAACUUCAAAGGUCUCGGGGAAAAGGUAAUGAACUUUGGUCCAUGUUAGCGGUAGGUGGCGGUAAUGCACUGUGUCAGUUUGCGAUCCACUGUUUAACGAAAAAGGAAGAAAGGAGUUUAUCUGGGGCUGAUAAUGCAGGAGCUUGAUCAGACUGUCACAAUCGGAGCGACUGUUCCGACGGGAUUCGAGCACACUGCAGCGGAGGAGGUCCUGGAGAAGCUUGAGGCCACUGCUAGAGUCAGCAAAAACAGAGGAAGAAUUUAUUUUGAUAUAACAACAGAUAAACUUCUUAAGGUACAUCAGCUGAAGUCUCUAGACAAUUUGUUUGUUGUGGUAAAAGAAUAUGACGACUACCAAUUCAAACCCACAAAGGAGGAAGUGCAAAUCGAUUGGCAAGAGCUGGCCAACAAGUUGCCUUGGACCAAUGCCUUAGAAGUCUGGAAGUUGAACAAUUCUAUAAAAAAGAAAAAAGGACGUCGGAAAAGAACUAACCCCACAAAAUCAGAUCAGUGUGGCAAUGUUGACACCAAAUCUACUGAUACCGUCCCAUCAGACCCAGAAGAGCUCUGCGAAGAUCUCGAGGCUCUAGAAGUGAAGGGAAACCAAAGAGAUGUUUCUUCUCAGCCAGAAAAUUAUUCUGAGACAGAAAAACACUCUGAAAUCCAGGAUCAGGAGUCAGGGGUGACACCUCUUAAGUUUCGAGUAACAUGCAACAGAGCCGGAGACAAACACUGCUUCGCCUCAAAUGAUGCUGCACGAGACUUUGGAGGAGCUGUGCAAGAAUUCUUUCAGUGGAAAGCAGAUAUGACUAAAUUUGAUGUUGAGGUGCUGUUGAAUAUCCACAAUAAUGAAGUUGUUGUUGGUAUUGCUCUCACAGUGGAGAGUCUACAUAGGAGAAACAUUACUCACUUUGGCCCGACUACUCUACGUUCUACACUGGCUUAUGGCAUGCUUAGACUUUGCAAGCCACAAGUGUCAGAUGUGAUUGUAGAUCCCAUGUGUGGAACUGGAGCAAUACCUUUAGAGGGAGUUAUGGAGUGGCAGAAUUCAUUCUUUUUAGCUGGAGACAACAAUGGCACAGCAGUCAGCCGGUCGCGUUCUAACAUCAAGCACAUUCUUAAGAGAACACAUGAUGGAGGAAGAAUUAUGAGAGAGCACACUCCCAUGGAUGAAAAGCAACCCCACACAUGGAUGGUCUCAGGAUGCUGCACUGUUGGCCCAACACCAGACUCAUGUUUUUCAGGCUUGCCCUUAGACAUAGUCCAGUGGGACUUAUGCAAUCUACCCAUGAGAAGCAGUUCAGUGGAUAUCAUCAUUACUGACAUGCCUUUUGGAAAAAGAAUGGGAUCCAAGAAGAAGAACUGGGAAUUAUACCCUUUAUGUCUUCGAGAAAUGGCUCGAGUUUGUAAACCUGGUACAGGAAAAGCUGUACUGUUGACCCAGGAUAAAAAAUGUUUUUUGAAGGCAUUGUCGCAGAUGGAGGGGCUGUGGCGGAAAUUGCACACUGUUUGGGUGAAUGUGGGAGGACUACAUGCUGGUGUUUUUGUUCUCAAAAGAACGGCAGUAGUUUUUGGCACCACUCCUGAAGAUGUAAUGGAGCCUCAUACAGCAACAGGAUCACAAAAAGAGAGUAUGAAGGAUGGUAGUCUGUGAGAAGCUUGACAGACAAAUUAGCAACCGCCAUUGUGUUCCUCCUCUUUUUUUUUUUAAGGUUAAUAUGCCAAAGUUUCUUUUCUGUCUUUUUUGAUUAGUUCACUCAAGACAUAAUCUAUCCUGAUUACAAGAUAAUAAAAUGUUAAUGUUUGCAUUCAA